AUGGUAUUUUCCACAGAGCCAAAGGAAGCUAAGGAGCAAGCCAAACCAGAAGCUACCAAAAAAGAAGCUGAAGUUCCCAAAGAACAGACCAAAGCAGCUACAUCAAAGAAAGAUGCUGAAGCAAAAGAAAAGGCCAAAUUAGCUGCAGGAAAGAAAGAAGCUGAAGUUUCCAAAGAAAGAGCCAAAGCAACUCCUAUAAAUGAAGAUGUCGCAGUUAUUAAAGAGAAGGUCAAAUCAGCCUCUGCAAAGAAAGAUGCUGAUGUUGUUAAAGAAAAGACUAGACCAGUGCCUGCAAAGAAGGUGAAAACUGUAAAAGACAAGGCAAAACCAGCACUAGCCAAGAAAGAGGCUGAAGUUGACAAAGAAAAUUCCAAACCAGCACCUGCAAAGAAAGUUCCUAAAGAAGAGAAUUUCAAGUCAACACCAGUAAAGAAAGAACUUGUUACACCACUGGGGAAAGCACGACCAAACAUUGUAAUCAAAGAACCUGAAGUCAGUCGCAGAAAUCACAGUCACACAAAUGCUUCUCUUACAAAGGAGAGAGUUAAAGUUGUACUUGUGAAGAAAGUUCCUAAAGAAGAGAAUUUCAAGUCAACACCAGUAAAGAAAGAACUUGUUACACCACUGGGGAAAGCACGACCAAACAUUGUAAUCAAAGAACCUGAAGUCAGUCGCAGAAAUCACAGUCACACAAAUGCUUCUCUUACAAAGGAGAGAGUUAAAGUUGUACUUGUGAAGAAAGUUCCUAAAGAAGAGAAUUUCAAGUCAACACCAGUAAAGAAAGAACUUGUUACACCACUGGGGAAAGCACGACCAAACAUUGGAAUCAAAGAACCUGAAGUCAGUCGCAGAAAUCACAGUCACAUAAAUGCUUCUCUUACAAAGGAGAGAGUUAAAGUUGUACUUGUGAAGAAAGAACUUGCUCUGAAAGAGAAGGUCAUGCCAGCCCCUGCAAAGAAAGAACGUGAGGCUCCCAACCAGAAGGCCAAACCAGUAUCUCAUAAYAAAGGUACUGAUUCAAUUCAAGGUUUUGUUUUUCAGGGAAACGUUCAUUUAGCAGAAGACAMAAUUACGUGUCUUUUCAUUUAUUUUGAUUCAGUUGUGGUGAAAUAUGUAUAUUUGUGUAAUUUGAUUCAGAACCUGCUCUUAAAGACAAUACCAAACCAGCCCUUCUAAAGAAAGGCACUGACACGGUUUAAUCUCGCUAGAUUAUUUUCAAUACUCUAUUAUUCUAAUUAUAACUCAUAUAACUCAUAAAAGGUUUAUAUUUAUCAACUAAUACUUGAAGCAUCUAAUCCAAGUGUGUCAAACAUCCCAAAAUUAGGAAUUCAGGAGUAUUUGAUGGCAAGGCAUGAUAUGAAGUGUGGCUCCCCGAACGUCAGUGAAGACGGCCUCAGUGCAAAAUGGGGGGCACCCCUGAUUUCACCUCUGAUUUGACUGUGAUAAUAAUGGACAGAUUGGUUUGCUACUUGUACAGUGUGAGGGGACAUCCAUCAUUUCCUGUACACUGACCAAUCACUCUGAUAGGUUUCUGUUUGUUUGUAACUCAUUUCUUAAAACUUGUUCAGAAGGCUUCCAAAUCAGUCCCUGUAAUGAAAGAACCUGAAUCUAAGGAAACUAAGGAAACCCCUGCCAGGAAAG